CCCCCUCAUUAGCAUACAAUUUCAGCAAGAUGGCGGAAGGGAGAAACGUCGAUAAAGGAAUAUAAACAAACAUGAGUAUUUUUAGAUACCAAGUUUAAAGAUGUCAAAUGGCUGCGGACUUUGAUAUGAGAAAGCAAAAACAAAUCAUCUCAUCGUCCACAAAAUGGAAAGGACGUUAAUUAAAAGUAAAAAUGUACCACAAUGAGAUUAGAUAUGUGUGAUAGUUUACCGCCUACCUCCAUCAUUACAUCAAGUGGGAGUUUGCUGGAGAAUAACCAUGAGUCGGAUAUUUCAGUUUUAAAAUCAAGAGUUAAAAAGUGCAAUUUUGAUGAGGAUUCAAAAGAGCCGUGCUUUUCUGAUAUUCCAUCAUCUCCUGAAAGUGUUUCUGAACAUGAGUUUUGUUCAACAAAUUUUACUGAUCAAGAUAUGUGUUCACAUUUAUCGAGCUCAGGAGAUAGUGAUGUACAUCCAGAUUUUAAAAGGUCAAAAAGUGAAAAUGGAAUUUCAACUAAUGAAAAAGAUAUUACCAAGCUAGACUGUGAUGCAAAUAAACAGAAUCUCAAGCAAAAUGGAAUAGCAAAAUCACAAAGUGAUUCAAACUGUUCCAGUGUUAAGAGAGCGGAUGCAAAGGAACUGAAUUCUGGACUUCUAAUAUCUCCGAUUUCCCUCACUCAAGAUUUACCCAUAACUGUUGGACAAGAGGAUGAUAACCGUCUUAGUUCAGUGUUGGAAAAGAUCUCCACACCACUUGUUUAUUUGCCUAACACUCGCCAACUUGUUACAGAAACAUCUAAAGAUAGCAUCGAUUCAAAAAGCGAGACAAAUUUAGAUGUGAACAACAUUACUGAGACAAGUCAAAAUGAAGGAAGUGACGAGGACUGUACCAGCAUCUGUGACAAAUGGAAACUGGUUAAUUUACAGGACACCUCAAGUAUUGGAGAAACAGAUUCCCUGUUAAGACUUAAAGAUCCAGAUCAGCUCACCUGCAACAGUUUUGACCUGGAGGGAUCUUUCCACAGAGUCCAGACAGGAGAUUCUUUAUUGAGGACGUUUAACGAUGCUUCCAGUUUGUCAAGCUUGAGCACCUGUACUGACUUCUCAGUUUCUGCAGUGUCAGUUGGCGAUGAUGCAAGUGAUGGGACUGGAAUGUGCUUAGACACAGGUGACGGGAAUUUUAUUGAAGUUAAUCUCCAUUCAAGGAAUUCAUUUGAUCGUUGCAAAAAUAACUCAUCAGACAGUGGGAUCGAAGAACAAGGAGCCAAACCAAAGAGAAGAGGCAUCUCAGGGUUUUUAUCAAGGGGAUUGUUUUCGCGCAAGUCCAAGGAAGAAGAGGAGGACCAAGGUUGGAAGCUUUUUGGGCGGGUCCCACCAAAGCAGGGUGUGGUCAAACCUCCACAGCAGAUUUCCAAUGAAUAUCAACAACGAAAUGCUCUUCAGAACCCCAAUCGGACCAAGAAGUCUGAUGUAGAAGUAAUGUCCACCACCGCCCUCAUUCUAGAGAAUAGACCACAAAACCUACCCACAAAAGAUCCCGAGGAAGCUGAGAGACACAGAUUGCAGUAUGAAGCCAUGAUAGAAGCUGCUAAAAAGAAAGAACAAAGAGAUCUAAAAUUGAAAAAGAAACUGCAACAGCAACAAUUAAAACAGGAAGACCAGAUGCUGCAGCUGUCCAAACGCUGGGCAUCCGAGAUUCUGCCAAACUGGGAAUCCAUGAAAAACACCAAGAAAACACGGGACAUGUGGUGGCAGGGACUACCAACAAAUGUCCGAGGGAAAGUCUGGAAGUUAGCCAUAGGAAAUGACCUCAACCUUACUCCAGAGCUGUAUGAGAUUUGUGCAAAUCGAGCUGAGGACAGAAUUAAACAGACUUGUGACUCGGACACUGGAUCAGUCACUGAAAAUGUUCCUGAGGUGUCGUGCACCAAUCGAGAGGCUAGUGUAGAACUCAUCAAACUAGAUAUUUCACGGACAUUCCCUCAGUUGUGUAUCUUUCAAAAGGGAGGACCAUAUCAUGAUCUUCUUCACAGUUUAUUGGGUGCUUAUGCCUGCUACAGACCAGAUGUUGGUUAUGUGCAGGGUAUGUCUUUCAUUGCUGCCGUUCUGUUGCUGAAUAUGGACGUCGCUGAUGCCUUUAUCUGCUUCGCUAAUUUACUGAAUAGACCUUGUCAAGUAGCCUUCUUUAGAAUUGAUGAAGCCAUGAUGAAGUUUUAUUUUCAAACAUAUGAAGAAUUCUUCAAAGAAAACAUGCCUGCAUUGUUUCGUGUCUUUAAUCGAAAUAAUGUUACACCUGACAUAUAUCUCAUAGAUUGGAUCUUUUCCUUGUACAGUAAAUCUCUGCCAUUAGAUAUUGCAUGUCGGAUCUGGGAUAUUUUCUGUAGGGAUGGAGAGGAGUUCCUAUUUAGGACAGCUUUAGGAAUCUUGAAGCUUUAUGAGGACAUUCUUAUCAAUCAGGAAUUCAUUCUUUUGGCUCAGUUCCUCACCAGACUCCCGGAGGACAUAUCAAGUGACAGUCUAUUCAAAUCCAUAGAAAUGAUCAAUAUGAACAUCGAUAAAAAGAAAUUCAGUCAAAUUCUGGCCAGUAAAAAGGAGCAGGCAAGAACUGACCAAUCAUAGCACUCCAUCUGCUUCUGUGUGAUCAUCAGACAUGGUUGUCAGCUUCCUCUGUUGUCAAUAUCUGGAAUACUCAAAUCAUGUGUCUGUCAAGGUUUUAUUUCAUUAUCAUGUUGUCUAGUCAAGAGGAGGACUAGUAAAAAAAUAUUUUGUGAUAUUUUUUCAUAAAUUAUCAUUUUGUUAAA